GUCGUCGCCGCUGCCGUUUGGCUAGCCGUGCCGAGCUAGCUGUAGCUGCGCACAGUUAGACGUGAAGCCGAGCGUUGGCCUCCCCGGCUGUUUGUCGGUAGACUGAAAUGGCCCCGGGCCGCCGGAUUAUACCGGUUAAACACGACAAACCAAAAACACCACGGACUGAUUUUUAACUUGUAACGGGGCGAGUUUGGCUUGGAAGCACCGCAGCUAAUUAACCUCCGAAACAAUACGCGAGUUGUUCCAGAGUUUUGUUUGUUUUAGUUUAUGUUGUUUUUUCCAUCACAGAAAAACACAUCGAGGACUGAAGUGGUCGUGAGGUUUGGUGGGAAGCAACAAACCGAGACAGGCAGUUUCCUGUGGCUGUCCGAUAAUGGACGCACGUAAGAUUCUGAACGCCGGCCGGCGAUCAUUCGAUUCAGCCGCGGCCGAAUGAGCCACGACUGCCUCGGGUCAGGGCAGAGCAGAGCCCACGGUUUGCCCCCCGGGGAGGUUCGUUCACCUCGGCUGCUAGAACCGAAAAGGUGGCUCGUAAAAAGUGAACUGACACGAAACUAACCCAACGGUUGCCUCCACCUCGCUGGGCUUUGGGCUUUCACUGGCCCAAACAGGAGCAGGUCAGGCGGCGUGGUUCUUCACGAAAGCCAAAGUUGCCCUGGCGGUGGCAGUAAUAAAGAGCAAGCCUCCGGGUAUGAGCGUUCGAGAGCACGCUGAGGCUUUGGCCUGCAAGCUGAAGGGCCAGGAUGAAAGCUGGAAGAAAAAAGCCCAGGGGCUGCAGCAGGAGGUGCUGAGGCUGCGGCAGGAGAUGCUGAUCACCAGGGCGACGUCAGACACAAAGAGCACCGCAGAGACCGCAGGUCGUGACAGUACAGUGGAAGACAUGUCACAGGAUCUGUUUGGUCCUUCAGAGCUUCAACCUGGCUGUGACUCAGAGACUCCUGAACUCCUACAGGAAGUCCCCCAGCCCUCCACCUCCGUUCCUCAGCCGCCAAUUCCCUCCGGUCACCACGGGGGUCCUCAGGAAAGAGGGAUGCACCCCCACGUGCAGUUCCUCCAGUCACUGUGCGCCCUACACCGGGUACAAGGGAGCAAAAGAGGCCUGGAGGCCCUGUGGUUCAGCCCUGAUGGGGAUGCAGGGUCACUGUUGGUGGAUUCUGUGUGCCAGCUCCUUGACUCGGUGGUGGCGGCGUGCAGGGAUCCCCCUCCGCUGGGUCCUUGCGACCUCCUCCUGCAGGCCUGUCAGGUCGCGGCCCAAGCGAUGGACCUCUUCUGCUCUCAGAGGCUGCCAUCUUUGGAGUUCACGAGACGUGUGGAAGAGUCGCUGAGGGAGUUGACCGGGAUGCUGCUUCACAGUAAUCAGCCCAGCAGGCUCCAGGCUGCGGAGACGCUGGCGGAGUACCUGAUCACACUGGGGAGCAGCAGCAUGUCAAAGUCCUUUCUCAUUCGUCACAUCCUCUCUCAGAUCAGCGCUGUGGCCGAUCAGCUCUGGCAGGCCUUCCAGGGGCAGGAGAGCUCAGGGCUCGACAAGUUUCCUGUGGAGCAGUAUCAGAACUCGUGCCACCUGUUUCGGAUCCUGGAGGAGCUCCUACAGAAAUCAAAGGUAGAGGUGGGGUCGGAGCAGAUUGGCCUCCUGAGUCACUUGGAGCAGCGCGUCUUUCUAUUGUCAGAUGAGUUUCCCUUGUUUUCCAUCUGCGUGUGGAGGAUAAAAGGUCUCCUCACUUCCUCAGAGAGAUAACGUCCCCCAAGUGUAAGUAACAGACAGGCCACAUUCAAAGGUUUGGUUUCCACUCUGUAUUACCCUUUACCCUAUAUGAACAAAGUGGCUUUAAACAACAGGUAAUACCCCACCAAUCAGCAUCCAUUGAACGCUGCGCUGUGGCGAGGAGCACUAAAAAGGAAAACACAGGAUGCAUCAUAUUCCCAAAGAACCACAAUCUUCAAAUCUAUCUGAAGGUUAAGUCUGGUGACAUUGUAUAUUCAUCUUCUUGUCAACAAAUCCCAUGAAAAGAUCCAAACCAACGCUGGAUGUCUCCCACCAACAAAUACUGCCCCAAAUACUCACUAGAGCACCAAAUGUGGAUUAAUCCGCUGCUCAAAAUAGUCCCCAAUAAAUGCACUACUUCUGUUUGACUGGUACAGUGAGCAGCUGUUUUAGGAAAUUACAGAGCCUUUUUUUUAAUUAGAAGCGGAGGUUGGGGCUGAGAGCCACAGACAGGGCAGGGGGGUAAAAAAGUGUUUAGAGACGGACCAACACCUUGUUGGUUUUGGUUUCUUCAUGGGAUCUGCUGACAAUAGCAAAAAUAAAGAAUAUUGCCAGUCUUAUCCUUUAAAAAAGAAUAAAGGCCUAAGAUUAUUCUGUACAGUAAUGGUUCCGAUACUGAACACUUGAACCUAGUGGGCAGUGACUACUAUUCAACAUCUAAAUAUGUACUAAUUAUAAUUAAACAUUUCAGGCUGGGACAAGUAAUACAUGCUAAAAUUGAGAAUUUGAAGGGAUUCUCUCAAAAGGCGGGCAUUGAGUGAAGAACUCAUCUUCUACAUAAGUAGUACUUAUGUGAAAUGUUUGUAGAUUUGUUUCUGUAUAUAAGUUCCCACAAACCAACAAACUCUCAAGAAAUUUAUGUCGCCUUUGCGGAAGUUGGUCAAUAGCAACUCAGAACAAAACGCAUUGUAUGAGGACUUUAAUAUUUUUCCAGGCUUAGUGGACUUUAUGUUUCCAGUUGUAGCCAUGUAUGCCUGAAAAUGUUAUCAAAUAAAUAUAUGUCACAUGCUUGUACUUGUGCAUAACUCCACAACUGAGUGGAAAAAAUAAAUCUUGCCAUUAUCUAA